CUUGAAGGAAAGGACAGGAGAAUGCCCUUAUUCAAGUGGGAGGACUCUGGUUUUUAUCCUUGUAGUGGUAUUGAGAGUCUCCUUCUCACGUCCCUGGUGAAAAUUGGAGAGAAUAAUGAGCUCUUGGUAAAUGAUCCAUUGAGAGACCUAGGUCGAGCAAUUGUCCUCGAGGAAGACCCUGCGAACCCUGGAAAGCGCAGCAGGCUGUGGAAUCACAAGGAUUCCCUCAAUACCUUAAAGAGAAAAAAAGGAACGAAGAGGGUUCAAGCCCUCUGUCUCAAGGUCGACGAUAGUUUAGACAAGUGUUUCAAAUGGGAAGAAUUUCAAAGCCUGUCCGAGCUGAGGUUCCUCAAAUUGGACAAUGCAUAUAUCCGGGGAGAUUUCACUAAUCUACUCUCCAGUUUAAGGUGGCUCGACUGGCGAGGGUGCCCGGAGACCUUUGAAGCCAUGAACUUGCAUCUGAAGAAGUUGAUGAUUCUUGAUUUAUCACGGAGCAAGGUCACUCAUAAAUGGAAGGGCUGGAGUCAAAUCAAGAUGCCACAAUUGAAAGUUUUGAACCUCACAGGGUGUCAUGAAAUGAUGAAAACUCCCAACUUCUCCGGUUACCCGCAGUUGGAGAUGUUGAUUCUCGAAAGCUGUCUUGAAUUGGUCAGUAUAGACCCUUCAAUUUGUGUUCUAAGAUGCUUGGUUUGCUUGAAUUUGAAAUCAUGCAGAAAUAUUUGUGAGUUGCCAACGGAAAUGGGUAACAUGGUAGCGCCGAAAGAGCUUAUCAUUGAUGGGACUUCUGUACAAGAAAUCCCUAAAUCGAUACAUCGUAUGAAGAAACUUGAAACUCUUAGUGCCUCCAAUUGCUGCUCACUAACUGAGCUGCCCAAAUCCAUUUGCGAUAUAGAAGCUCUUUUGAUGCACUUGCUCAAAAAUGCAAAUAGCUGCAAACUCCCCGAUUCAAUUGGAAGUUUGGUGAAACUUAAACGGUUGCCGUUGAGGGACUGCCGGCAGAUACAGAAACUUCCAGAAUCUAUCGGCAAACUAGGAUGCUCAUUGGUGGAGUUGGACGUAUCGGGGACGCCUAUUUCAGAACUGCCCGAUUCCAUGAGAAACUUGCAUCUACUGAGAGUUCUUAAGAUGGAGCAUUGUCCUGUGAGAAAGUUUCCUAUUGCCAUUUGUGAGCUAAGCAAGCUUGAAGAGAUCCAUGCCUCCCACUGUACGAGUUUGGAGGGAAGCAUUCCUCAUGAAAUUCACAAUCUGCAAUUACCGAAAAUAUUGAUCCUAAGAUAUAGUUGUGUUUCUAGACUACCAGAGUCAAUCCGGUUGCUAAACCGUCUCGAAACCCUUGAUUUACUUCUUUGCAACAACCUUUUAACGUUGCCAGUGCUUCCCCCGAGUUUGACUUGUCUGCGAAUAAGCUCAAAGAAGAUGAGCAUAAUCCCAGAUAUUCAGCAUUUAGUUGAAUUGGAAGAGUUGAGCUUCGGCGAUGAGAAUCCCAAGGAGCUAGUGGUUUCUCCCAACCCCGCAUUUAUUUCGACCAAGCAGAAGUCCCCUUGGCCCGUAACGUUUCCGAAGCUCAGGAGCUUAGAGUUUUCUCAUUCCCAAAUCCUCAAUUUGAGAUUUGAGUACGGCUCUGCAUGCGUUCCUCAGCUCAAGAAAGUUUUCCUGAGCGGCUCGAAUCUUGAAGAAGUAUCGGGGCUUCCCUCAUUGUUGUCCAUCUUGUCAAUCCGAGCUUGUUCGUCGCUGACGAGUUUGCCGACAGUUGAGAAUUUGAGUCGCUUGUUGAAGCUAGAGCUCUUGAACUCGGCUGUCAAAGAGAUUGAAGGGCUCGAGGGGCUAAAAAGCCUCGAAAGCCUGGUGGUGUCGGAUUGCAAGAUAGAAUAUCUCGACGGCCUCUCCGAGUUGAGAUCAUUGAAGAGAUUGUCUCUCAUGGACUGCGAUUCUCUCAGGUUGCCCGACCUGUCCAAGCUCACCAUGUUGAGAGUCCUGGAAAUCCAUCAGUGCCGGAGGAUCCGCGAGAUCAAAGGCCUCGGGGAACUGACAUCCUUGGAGAAGCUGGACGUAAAUGACUGUAAAGCUAAAGAUUCAUCAAGAGUAAAACGAGCCCAGAAGAGUAUCGCAAAACGUUUGAGGACAUCCCGUUUAGCGUGAUCAUCAGGUCAUAUGACGUGUCUGGUUUUUGCUUCCACUGUAAGAGACUCUGUCCAAAUUUUUCUUUUCUAAUUUCUUAGCAUGCUAUUGAGGAUAAGUGGAAAAACUAAUCAUUCUUGGAGUUUCAAUUUA